CAAAGUGAACGGAUUUCUAUUUGAAAGCCAUUAUGCAGCUAAAGAGUCUGCUAGUAAUACCAUUUGGUUUUCUUUCUAUUUUAGUCUCUUCCCAAUGGGUGCCACAAGUUAAUGAGGGUGAAGUGCCGCCAAAUGGAAGACCUUAUCAGAUUGUGCGGGUAAUAGAGUACUUAGUACCCUAUCCGUACCACAGAUCACCGAAAAUAUCUGCCAGAAGUCAGAAUGUUAACAGCAAGGAACCCAAUAGCCUGGAGAUUAUUCCAGCUGAAAUCGAAAGACUUCUAACGAAUGAUGAAGCCACAGAAAAACCAAAGACAGUCAAACACUUCCUGAUGAAAAUUCUCCACGAAAACAGAGUAAUCUGCAGUGGAGCCCUAAUCUCCAGUCGAUUGGUUUUGACCUCGGCCCACUGUUUUCCCAGGACCUCCCGCAAUCCUUUAGCUCAUCAAUACAAACUGCAAGCCAGUCGGAGUCGCAUAUAUUCGGUGGCGAGUAUAAUUCGAGGGACCAUUGAAGACAUGGCCCUGAUGUUGCUCCAGUCUCCGCUGCGGGAUGCAUUCGUUGAGCCCAUUGGACUCUGUGCCACUCCUCUGCAGCGAAACGACAACGUCACCAUGUUCAUGUCGCAGCAGCAUCUGCGAUUCCUGCGCACCAAACUCAUCGCCAACAGGAAUUGCAAGCGCAGUUAUGCCCAGGACGAGAACGCCUUCAUCACCAAGACCAUGUUGUGUGCCCAGAACUCCAACAGACUGGAGGACUGCCAGACGAUGAAGGGGGAUCUGCUCCUCCACCAGGAUCGGGUGUGUGGGGUCGAUAUUUACGGGCAGCACUGCACCGAUGGAGCUGUGAAUGGAGAGCUCUACGCGGAUGUCUUCAAGGCCAGGACACAAUUGCAGCGAUUGAUCGAAAGAUAUUCCCCAUCCGACUCUUAAUGAUGAAUAAUUAAUCACGUAUUUAAUAAAUAUUCAUACUGUAGGGUAGGGGAAAAGUAUGCAUGUAAAAUUCA